CUCGCCGCGCGCUGAUUUCACGAUUGUGACUCGCCAUUGCAUGCGAAGAUGUCGCUCUUUAACAACCCUGCUCCGGAUGAGCAGAUGUUCUAUGACCCCGAUGCCUUCUACCGCGACGUGAACUUCGGGGAAACGAUCAAUUCCGACAAUGUGAUGUGGUACUUCUCGCGGUCGCCCUGGUACGACCAACAAUCGAACAAUAACGCUUUCAUUCUGCAGACCGCGGGCUUGGAUAUCAACGAGAGGAACGCGAUCUGGCAGAACCGACACAACUUUGAGCGCAUGCUCAGCAGCAGAUUCCCACUGGGCAUACAGUACGUCGUCACUGGAGAGGCACAAAGCCCCGGCCAGCCGUGGGUUAUACAGAGGCAGAAUCGGGUGAAAGAGAUUGAAGAUGAUGGCAGUGAGGUCACUCGCACAUAUGUAGAGGCGGUUUACUAUGUGGUUGGAUUUGCCAUAUUCAUGGCGCCAAGUGUGGGGGACAUUAUACGGUCACGACUCCAAACAAUUUCCACUUCUCUUCAGGAUAUCUUUGAAAUGGGUCUAAAACUGGACAGCUUCACACCCUCGACUGGCCAUACAUACAUACCUUCCGACCUGGAGUCCUCCAAACAACAAGCGGCUGCAGGGUCGUUCAGUCGCGCCGGCAGUGUCGUCCCGUCCGAAAUCGACUCCUCGCAAAAUGCAAAUACACAAUCUGGCGGAGAUGCAGAAAUGACUGAAUUCUCCGACGAUCUCUUCUUGCAGUCACUAAUGCUCACAACGAGAUACGGGAACGAAUACGCCGACGAAAACCCUCUGCAAGGUGAACCUGGAUCUUUCGUUUUCACAAACACAAACCAAGCAGUCGAGGCCAGAAACAAAGCACAAGCAGCUGCCCAAGCCAACACUGCAAGCAUAGCAGCAGCAGCCACAUUGAAGCAAGCCGAAGCAGAGAGCAUCGCCAGUGUAGCACCGACGCCCAAACCUCCGCCGCCUGAAGCAGUAUCCCGGAAAGGUAGCAUCUCCAGCCUGCCCAAGGCCGGCAAAGAGAAGAGGAGGAAGAGCAAGGGAUUGGCAAGCCCGAUUAGUCCGCCGGGUGCAUGAAGCGAUCGUCUGUUAGCGUUUUUGAUAUAGUUAUCCUUUAUUGAUACCCGGUCUUGCGAUAUAUAUAAUGUUAAGCUCAC